AUGUCCGAGCUCACCGAGUACAUUUUCCGGCAGCCGCUCUCUCGCGAGCUUUCGUUCUUAGGGUUAGCCCGAUCUCCCACUACUUUUGAAAAAGACCGUUCCUUCAACCCUGUCCGUUGUCAGAUGCCCAUUGUCCGAAGCACCGCUACUAAUGACACAGCCGUCGUUCGGACACACGCACACACUCAGAUACCCAUCGUUCUUCUCUCUCGGGAACGUAUAUCCAUCCAAACAGCACCAACCCACCAACACCUCAACCAAAGCGGGCUCGAACUACAGCACCACAUUGCAUUGCGGCGCCAACGACGCGUACAUCAACUCCUCACCCUCCUCUCCCUUCUAAUCCUCUUGCUCCAGUCGAGGACAACACCACCGAAACCUCGCCUGCCCAGCACGAGAUUAUGUUUUUUUUUUGCCAUUAAACCCGACCCGAAAGCCUACCGUGCACUGGUCGCGCUAAGAAGUCUGGCCAAAGUGGACCCCCAUGGUCUCAGCCCUAGGACGACUGAUGUUGGGAUGGAGUGGGAGGCUUUGAGAUGA